GCUGGCUGUUAUUUGGUGAAAUUAAAGCUUUUCUACAGUUAUAUGGUCAUAAUUUAAGUGAUAACUGAGCUACCAUGAAGCCAGCAAUGGUUCUGCUGGGCCUGGUGCUCCUGCUGGACACCAUUUUUGGAGCUGAAGAGUCCUGCUUGGGUCGAUGCGGCUCCUUCAGCCCGCUAAACAAAUGCCAGUGUGACUCAAUGUGCGUGUAUUAUACGAGCUGCUGUCAGGACUUUUCCACCAUCUGCCCCAAAAAGGUUUCUCGAGGGGACACAUUUGGAGAAGCAGAAGAUAUGACUGACCCUACACCAAAUUUGAACACGGUCACACCGACGUUGCCCUCCUCUUUAACCCCCCCACCUAACACCACGCACGGGUAUGCGCCGACUGUUGACCCCAACGCAGAGCCCUGCAGUGGGCGGCCUUUUGAUGCAUUCCUGCAACUGAAGAAUGGUUCGAUCUAUGCAUUUAGAGGUGAAUAUUUCUUUGAACUGGAUGACAAGUCCAUUCUUCCUGGUUACCCUAAACUUAUCGAGGACGUGUGGGGAAUCCCAGGACCCAUCAGUGCUGCGUUCACCCGCAUCAACUGCCAGGGAAAGUCCUACAUCUUUAAGGGCAACCAGUACUGGAGAUUUGAGGGAGACGUCUUAGACGAGGACUAUCCAAGGGACAUUUCUGUGGGUUUUGAAGGUAUCCCAAGUCAUCUGGAUGCAGCGUUUGCUGUACCUGCACCAAGUCACAGAGGAAAGGAAAAAGCCUACUUUUUUAAAGGUCAGAAGUAUUACCAGUAUGAGUUCAAGCACCAGCCGUCUCAUGAAGAGUGUGUCUACAUGAGCAGAACCUCUCCAUCUGUUCUCUUCACACGUUACACCGACCUGUUCUGCGAUCAGCCGUUGGAGAGCCUCCUCACAGACCUCUUUGCAAACCUCUACACACAUGACACCAGCUCCAGGCUCAUCAUGAGGGACUGGCGAGGCAUCACACCACCUGUGGAUGCCGCCUUAGUGGGAAAAGUUUCUUUCAAUCCCAAGCCCACCAUGUCUUCUCCAGCAGCCAGGCGAAGGAGCAGAGGGAGGAAGAGGAGGCCAAGCAGGAGACGUGGCCCCCAGCGCAGGAGGCAAAGUCGCUACGUGUUUGAUGACAUGUGGUUUUAUGAUGAUUUGUUUGACUUUGGCCUGGAUUACAGCGACAUGGCUGAAGAAGUGACAGUGCAAGAUUAUAAAGGCACCCCCGUUCAAAACGUCUACUUUUUCAAAAAAGAUAAGUACUACAGAGUGUCUCUGCAGACAAAACGUGUGGACAUUGUCAGCCCUCCGUACCCAAGGUCCAUUGCGAAAUAUUGGCUGGGCUGUGAAGAGAAACCCCCAAGUGAUACACCCAGAGCAGAGAAGAGAUAGGCUAGCUAAACUACAGACACACGCUAUAAGUGUCUUCAUUGCAUCUCUGUGUAACUAACACCCUGAGUCUAGUGAAACCCUUUACUAAUUCAAUAUUACUGUAUUUCUGUUUUAGCCUACACCCAUCAAAUGCAUAUGUUAAGGUUUAGUAUGCUUCUUUACAUUUUAAAGGGAUAGAUCAGGUUAUUGCAAUAAGAUUGACUCUUUAUCUAUGGUCUGUAAAAAAGGUUUUGAUUUAAGGUCUACAUUUGAUGAUUCCCUCCUAUUGUUUCCAUUUGGUACAAAUGCAGAUUAACUGGAGCUAAAUCCUGAGGGUUUAAGUCUAAAACUGUUUUCUACAAUCCUAAAAAAAAAUACUUGACACGCAAAACAAGUAAAUAUGUAUGUAAAAAAAAAAAAAAACAGUUUAGAGAACAUUAAAUUGCUGCCAUAUUUGCGGUGAUUAUUUAUGCAGAUAUGGAGGCAGGAAAUGGGUUCCCACCAAUAGUGUUCUGGUUUAUAACCUAAAUGAAAGGUGAAGGCAAAAAUAAAUAAAUCCAACUAAAUAAUCCAAAUAAAUCCAACUGAACUUGAAUUAGAAGGUAAACAUUCAAGAGGCUCAUUUACUUCCUACUAUUAAAACUUAAACUCUGAAAAUACAUUUUGUGAUUUGAAUUUGAACCGCAGAGAUGCUUUCUGUUGCAGUGAUUUUAAUGGUGUUGAUUUUAUUGUGCUAACUUUCUUUUUUCCAUACUUACCUCAUACAUUUACACAUGUCCAUAGGUACGAUGGUGCUGACUUAGGUUGCUGUAAUAUGUUUGCUUUUUACUCAUGUUUAGGGUGUAACUCUGACCAAAAUGCUUUGCAUGUUCUGACCAAAAUGCUUUGCAUGUUCUGUUCUUGUAUAUCUUAAGUUAGGAUAUAAGAUGCACUGACCCUAACUCAGGAGCUUUGCAGGUGUGAAUUUGAUUAACGGUUCUUAAAGAGGCCCUACCAUGAGUUGCUCUGACAUUUUUUUUAGACUGUAGUUGUUCAGAGAAAGGUAGAACUCUAGUUUGAUAAUAAUUCCUCUUGAUGUAGCCUUCAGGGUCUUGGUCCAACUAAUCUCAUUCUUAUCUAAAUUAAUACAAUGUUAAAGUUUUCUU